UCGAGCACCCAAGGCAGCCGUCACCACCAGACCUCUCUUUAAACCAACAACACAAAAACUAGAAAAAGAAGAAGGGAGAAAUGCGGAGCCUCUUUUUGCCUUAAAUCGCUUCGGAGAUCCGAGUCGAUCGACCGCCGGGUAAUCCUCCCCGAUAGUCCGAGAUCCCCCGAAGCUACCAGAAAACACUAGUUAGGGUUGUGCGGCGAGAGAGGACUUAAAAGGUUUUUUGAGUGUGUUUUUGUGUUUUUGGUUUUCGAUGGCUUCGGAGGAUGUGAAGACUAGCGAAUCCGCGGUUUCGACGAUCGUGAAUCUAGCCGAGGAAGCGAAGCUCGCGAGAGAGGGCGUUAAAGCCCCUAGCUAUGCUGUUCUUAGCAUCUGCAAGUCUCUCGUCGCCGGCGGCGUCGCCGGUGGAGUGUCGCGAACUGCCGUUGCUCCCUUGGAACGUUUAAAAAUAUUACUUCAGGUCCAGAAUCCACAUAGUAUAAAAUACAACGGAACAAUUCAAGGUUUGAAGUACAUUUGGAGAACGGAAGGCUUUCGCGGACUUUUCAAAGGCAAUGGUACUAACUGCGCGCGCAUUGUUCCUAACUCUGCGGUCAAGUUCUUUAGCUAUGAGCAAGCUUCAAAGGGAAUACUGUGUCUGUAUCAACAGCAAACUGGCAAUGAAGAGGCUCAACUCACUCCCCUUUUACGCCUUGGAGCUGGAGCAUGUGCUGGAAUAAUUGCCAUGUCUGCAACUUACCCAAUGGACAUGGUACGAGGCAGGCUCACUGUACAGACAGAGAGGUCUCCUUACCAGUAUAGAGGAAUGAUCCAUGCUCUGUCAACUGUGUUGCGGGAAGAAGGCCCACGGGCAUUGUACAAGGGUUGGCUUCCUUCAGUCAUUGGAGUUAUACCAUAUGUGGGUCUGAACUUUGCUGUGUACGAAUCUCUAAAAGAUUGGUUAAUCAAAAGGAAACCAUUUGGAUUGGUUGAGGACUCUGAGUUGAGUGUGACAACAAGGCUUGCUUGUGGGGCUGCUGCUGGAACUGUUGGCCAAACUGUUGCUUACCCUCUUGAUGUGAUUCGCCGAAGAAUGCAAAUGGUAGGAUGGAAAGAUGCUGCCUCUGUUGUCACUGGUGAUGGGAGGAACAAGGGCCCUCUUGAGUAUACUGGCAUGAUUGAUGCAUUCAGGAAAACUGUUCGACAUGAGGGCUUUGGAGCAUUAUACAAGGGUCUGGUACCUAAUUCUGUCAAGGUUGUACCAUCAAUAGCUAUUGCAUUCGUGACAUACGAGGUGGUGAAGGACAUUUUAGGAGUUGAGAUUAGAAUAUCGGACUGAACAGGGGGCCAAUUCAACUUGGUAGUUAUUGGAUGUGUGCUAUUUUUGUAGGGCAAGGGGAUAUAGAGAAGGUAAAUUAGGGAUGGUCUUUUUAACCUUUUUGUCUCACAAAAAAUGAGUUUAGACACAUGCACGAGCCUGUCCAUAAUUUCUACCCACGGUUCCCUAUGUUUCCUUGUGAACGCUGUAGCUUUCAGCUCCUCCUCAUUCAUGUGCUGUGUCAAUAAGGAUGAAGGAACAAUGCAAGACACAUUUGCCUGCCUCUGCAUAAAAGUUGAGAAAGCAAUUUCCAAGCCUUCUCUGCAAUAUUGAUUGUGUUCUUUCUGUCGUGUUGUAGACAUUUUGCUCAAUAAGUAGAUUGGUGAGCUUUAAUAUGAAGUGAAAUUUUUAAAUUUA